AUGGGGAGGUAUUGAAAUAGACAAAGCCACGGGAAAUGGUUCUUCCUCUUAGCGCCCAGCCAACGGAACGGAACUGCUCGGCUAUUCGACCUGCCCAAAUCUUCAUCUUCAUCUUCAUGGAGUUGACCAUUCACUCAAAUUAAGGUUCAUCAAUUUACACGGCUUCCCAGAUUAAAAAAAAUGGUGUCUCUUUCCCUCUCUAGCCCUAGCUUCACCACCCCUUUCCUCGGCCAAAAACUUUCUUUUCGUAGAAAUACAAAGGAGCUUCCUGCUUGCUUUUCUGUUUCACGGAUAUCUAGAUGUGCUGUUGAUACACCUUAUGAAGGUAAUGUCCCAAAAUUCCCUCGAGUACGUGUUUGGGAUCCUUACAAACGUCUUGGUGUAAGCCGUGAUGCUUCUGAAGAAGAGAUUUGGGGAUCGCGCAACUUUCUUUUGGAACAGUAUUCUGGACAUGAGAGAAGUGAAGAAUCAAUAGAAGCUGCGUUUGAGAAAAUAUUGAUGGCCAGCUUCCAACAUAGGAAGAAAACAAAAAUUAACUUGAAAAGCAAGUUAAAAAAGAAAGUGGAAGAGUCUCCACCUUGGGUUCAAAACUUGCUAAAUUUUGUGGAACUUCCUCCAACUGAAGUUAUUUUAAGAAGAUUGUUUCUCUUUGCAUUCAUGGGUGGCUGGAGUAUUAUGAAUUCAGCUGAAGGUGGACCUGCAUUUCAGGUGGCAGUUUCCUUGGCGGCUUGCAUAUAUUUCCUCAAUGAGAAAACAAAAAGCUUGGCCAGAGCUUUCAUUAUUGGAUUUGGAGCUCUAGUGUCUGGCUGGGUAUGUGGUUCGGUGUUGGUCCCAAAUAUUCCAUCAUUUCUAUUACAACCCACAUGGACUCUCGAACUCAUGACUUCGCUGGUAGUAUAUGUUUUCUUGUUUCUUGGUUGCACUUUUCUCAAGUAAAAGUUUUAACUUUCAUGAUUCAGAAUUGUAUUAUCUAGAAGCUGCAAACUGGUUAGAGCUUUGCAAAGAUGAAUUAGUUGUUUGAACUAGUGCUUUUCGACAUGAUUGUAGUGCACUGGAAUUAUGCAAAGAUCGCCAUUUUGAGUAUAUGCAUUUAAGACGACCAUUUUCUGAAA